AUGGACAGGUUCCAGUCACUUUCGCUCCACGAAACGCUGCAAGAUGACUAUAUGGACAUAGACAAUUACGGAUAUGUUCCCGGAGACGACUCAACUUACCUGCAAGAUGCAGAAAUUGAAGGGUCUUCUGGAGAUAUUCACCGUGGUCUAGGCGGUUCUUCUACACCACUUCGCUAUGAUAGCGAUACAGAUGAGGAACUAGAAGUUGCACCAGGUUCCGACGGUCAGGAAAAUAGCACUUUUGAGGGCUCAGAUCACGAAUCCACCAGUUUUCUUGCUGGUAUACUUUCUCCAACUGAACUAGGUGCUCGUUUAGCAGUUGGCAAACAACUUUUAUUGCCUGCUCCGGGAGAUAAUAUUACGGCAGAGGGUUCAGAAGACGAAACCGAUCGAGAAAAUCAAAACGAUAGCGUUGACUAUGAGUUCGAUACGUCCAAAAAUGCAACCGCUCUUGCCAAGGUUCCUCCAAAAAACCUUAGUGUUUUCCAAGACAAGGUUGAACGUCUGUUUUUCAAGCAGGACUCUCCGGUAACUCAUUCUUUUGGGUCUCAAUCUCAAUCUUUGGGCAAUUUGGGCACACAGAGCGUGGGGUCUGGUAACAGUUAUCAUCUCAAUGGAGUCCAGGUACACCACCACCAUUAUUAUUACAAUCCUUUCGAGUCGAAAAUACGCCAAAGGGAUACGCAAUUGAAGUCAAAGAAACGACAAACUUCGCAAAUUUCCCAUUCAAAGUCUACGCCAAUUUCUAGCCAAGUAUCACAGAUCCUGAAACAAGAAACUUUGCAGAUACCUAGACACGAUAUCAUCAUGCCCCAUCCUUGGGAUCGCCGGUCGAGUCCUCAGGUCCGCACAGUGUAUGUAUUGUCGCUGUACCUUCAGCUUGUCGUUAAUAUGGCUGCGAUUUUAUUGGGAGCAUACAUUGUCUACAGUAUUAUUACCACCAUUAAGCAUGAUAUUGGCGAAAAAUUACAACAGGAAGCAUCUCACCGGCUUGUGGAAAUGGCUGCUUGUCGUCGUGCUUACCACGAGAAUCAAUGUGAUCCAGAAACCAUUGUUCCUGCCAUGGAACAGGCAUGUGCACAUUGGCAAAAAUGUAUGAACCAGGAUCCAUUUAGUGGUGGGAACAUGUCCCUGGUAAGUGCUCAUACUCUCGGUAUGAUAGUCAAUUCUUUGAUUGAACCAUUAGGGUUUAAAGUGUUGGUGGUGGUGUUAUCGUUCACGGUGGUUGUGUUUGGUUGCAACUUUGGAUUCGGGUACUUGCGGGCCAAAGCGUACUGGGGAAAUGAAGGGAAGAAUUAG